AUGUUGUUAACAAAUUGCAGAAAUGUUGCUUACAAACAAGGACAGUAUGUUGGGAAGAUAAGAGAAUACUUCUACUAUAUUAAUCAUGAAGGAAUGUUGUUCCUUGAUGACUCACGAUUCAAGAACUUCACAUCUGCUUACAAGGAUGUGGAUUUCCUGAACUUCUUUUACAAGCAAUUACGACUGAACGAGACGGAUCGAUAUAGGGAUUCAUUCCCGUACUUGAGUCGCUGCGGUCGGGAACAUAAUUUCCUACGAUGUGACGACCGCCCCAUAGUUUUUACUGACAUCCUGGACAAUGGAACAGUGAUGCGUAUCGGACAGUCUUCACGAACAUAUUUGUUCCAGCCUACCUCGUUGUCAAUGCUGCGUAACGGUCGCCUCUACCACAAAGCCCCUUUCGAAGACUACGGUCUGAUUAUGUCGAAAACGGCAGACAAAUUGUUCCCUCUGUUCACUUUCGAUGAACAUGGUUUUCCCGUGAAGUUUCGUUGGAAUGGAGAAGUAUUUGAUUUAACCAAUGAAAUUCGACGGAAAGUGGAACCAGUGGAAUAA